AUGGCGUAUCUUCAUCCAGAAGACUUCCUGACUGAACUUCCAAUAAGCGACCAGUCAAAAUGGUUGCCAAUUAACUUUAAAGGAGACCAACGUUCUUCUUCAGAAAGAGUGGACCAGCAGAUCUCAGAACCUCCCAGCGGUCCGUCUGUCCAGCAGCAUCAGACACAGCUGGACUCCAUAUUUCUGCUGCUGGAGGACAACAUUGUCAUGUAUGUGAAGAACGAGCUGAAGAAGAUCCAGAGGGGUCUGAGUCCAGAUUACCCAGAAUCCCUAGAGCAUCUGUUGGAGGGUGAGGAUGAAGAGCAGAGGAGGAGCAGCAGAGAGGCGUUUGUGAAGAUCACAGUGAACUUCCUGAGGAGAAUGAAGCAGGAGGAUCUGGCUGAGCGUCUGCAGAGAAGUACUUUUGCUGCAGUUUGUAAAAAGCGGCUGAAGUCUAAGCUGAAGAAGAAGUCCCGGUGUGUGUUUGAGGGGAUUGUUAAAGCAGGAAACCCAACUCUUCUGAAGCAGAUCUACACAGAGCUCUACAUCACAGAGGGAGGGACUGGAGAGGUCAACGAUGAACAUGAAGUCAGACAGAUUGAAGCAGCUUCCAGGAAACCAGACAGAGCAGAAACAACCAUCAGACAGGAGGACAUCUUUAAACUCCCACCUGGAAGAGAUGAACCAAUCAGAACAGUGAUGACGAAGGGAGUGGCCGGCAUCGGGAAAACAGUCCUAACACAGAAGUUCACUCUGGACUGGGCUGAAGGCAAAGCCAACCAGGACAUCCAGUUACUGCUUCCAUUCACCUUCAGAGAGCUGAAUGUGCUGAAAGAGAGCAAGUUCAGCUUGGUGGAACUUGUUCAUCACUUCUUCACUGAAACCAGAGAAAUGUGCAGCUUUGAAGAAUUCCAGGUCGUGUUCAUCUUUGACGGUCUUGAUGAGAGUCGACUUCCUCUGGACAUCCACAGCAAUGAGGUCCUGACUGAUGUUACAGAGUCCACCUCAGUGGACGUGCUGCUGACAAACCUCAUCAGGGGGAACCUGCUUCCUUCUGCUCGUCUCUGGAUCACCACACGACCCGCAGCAGCCAAUCAGAUCCCUCCUGAGUGUGUCUCCAUGGUGACAGAAGUCAGAGGGUUCACUAACCCACAGAAGGAGGAAUACUUCAAGAAGAGGUUCAGAGAAGAGGAACAGACCACCAGGAUCAUCUCCCACAUCAAGACAUCACGAAGCCUCCACAUCAUGUGCCACAUCCCAAUCUUCUGCUGGAUCACUGCUACGGUCCUGGAGAAAGUCCUGGAAACCAGAGAGGGAGGGAAGCUGCCCAAGACCCUGACUGAGAUGUACAUCCACUUCCUGGUGGUCCAGGCCAAACUGAAGAAGGUCAAGUAUGAUGGAGGAGCUGAGACGGAUCCACACUGGAGUCCAGAGAGCAGGAAGAUGGUGGAGUCUCUGGGAAAACUGGCUUUUGAGCAGCUGCAGAAAGGAAACCUGAUAUUCUAUGAACCAGACCUGAGAGAGUGUGGCAUCGAUGUCAGAGAGGCUUCAGUGUACUCAGGAGUGUUCACCCAGAUCUUUAGAGAGGAGAGCAGCCUCUACCAGGACCAGGUCUUCUGCUUCAUCCACCUGAGUGUUCAGGAGUUUCUGGCUGCUCUUCAUGUCCAUCAGACCUUCAUCAAGUCUGGAGUCAACCUGCUGGAGGAACAAAGAAACACCUCCUGGUGGUUUAAAACAAGAGCAGAGACUAAGCUUUAUCAAAGUGCUGUGGACAAUGCCUUACAGAGUCCAAACGGACACCUGGACUUGUUCCUCCGCUUCCUCCUGGGUCUUUCACUGGAGACCAAUCAGACUCUCCUACGUGGUCUGCUGGAACCAAAACAAAGAAGUUCACAGAACAAUCAGGAAACAGUUGAAUACAUCAAGAAGAAGAUCAGUGAGGAUCUGUCUGCAGAGAAAAGCAUCAACCUGUUCCACUGUCUGAAUGAACUGAACAAUGGUUCUCUGGUGGAGGAGGUCCAACGGUCCCUGAGGUCAGGACUUCUCUCCACAGGUAAACUGUCUCCUGCUCAGUGGUCGGCUCUGGUCUUCAUCUUACUGUCAUCAGAAGAUCUGGAGGUGUUUGACCUGAAGGAAUACUCAGCUUCAGAGGAGGUUCUACGGAGGCUGCUGCCGGUGGUCAAAGCCUCCAAGAAAGUUGUGUUGAGUGGCUGUAACCUAUCAAAGCACAUCUGUGCAGAUCUGUCCUCAGUUCUCAGCUCUCAGUCCUCCAGUCUGACAGAACUGGACCUGAGUAACAACCACCUGCAGGAUUCAGGACUGAAGAAGCUGUGUCCUGGACUGGAGAGUCCACACUGUCACCUGGAGUCUCUCAGGCUGUCAGGCUGUCUGAUCUCAGAGGAAGGCUGUGCUUCUCUGGUCUCAGCUCUGAGCUCCAACCCCUCCCACCUGAGAGAGCUGGACCUGAGCUACAACCAUCCAGGAGAGUCAGCAGUGAAGCUUUUGUCUGCUGGACUGGAGGAUCCCCGCUGGAGACUGGACACUCUCAGCCACACCAAGGCUAUCUCCCUGCAGCACCAGUGCCAGGCAGUCGAGCAUCUUCACAGCCUCAGCACCAAAGCAACCCCCCUGCAGCACUGGUUCCAAGCAGUGACCAGCACAACAUAA